CCCGCUUCCGCAGCGUCCCGCGGCCAUGGAGCCGGACGAGCCGGACGAGAUGCUGGCGGAGCUGUGGGAGCGCCGGCCGGGGCCGCUGGGUCUGCUGCAGGCGGCGGCCGGCUCGGGCCUGGUGGCCUACGCCGCGUGGGCGCUGCUGCUGCAGCCCGGCUUCCGCCGCGUGCCGCUGCGCCUGCAGGUUCCGUUCGCGGGCGCGAGCGCGCGCCAGGUGGAGCACGUGCUGGCGCUGCUGCGGGGCCGUCCGGGCAAGACGGUGGACCUGGGCUCGGGCGACGGCCGCAUCGUGCUGGCGGCGCACCGCUGCGGCCUGCGCCCGGCCGUGGGUUACGAACUGAACCCGUGGCUGCUGGCGCUGGCGCGGUUCCACGCGUGGAGAGCAGGCUGUGCAGGCGCCGUGUGCUACCAGAGCCAGGACCUCUGGAAGGUGAGCCUGAGGGAUUGCCGCAACGUGUCCGUGUUCCUGGCCCCGAGUGUACUGGCACUGCUGGAAAACAAGCUGGAGGCCGAGCUGCCUGCUGGGGCCCGGGUGGUGUCCGGACGCUUCCCCCUUCCCACCUGGCAACCGGUGACCGUCGUGGGUGAAGGGCUUGACCGAGUGUGGGCCUACGACAUCCCCGCUGCUGGCAGUGGGCGCACGAGGGAGCCCAUCCUGGCCAUCCCCACAGCAGGCCCUGCCCCUGGGUCUCAGCCCGCCUGACCAUCUGGGUGGAAUAAAGA